CGGUGUCCUUCAAAGAUCUCGUUCUGUCAAACUUCAAAUGUUUUGGAGAUAUGACGACAUGAGAGAAGGAAAUUGCAUUGCGGUUGAUGAUAAAUAAGAGAGUCAUCGCCACUACUAGACUGGUUCCUCCUGGGAAGUUGAACAUGGCCAACCUCCACGACAUUAUAAUGCGCGAGAGAUACAUGAUGCGUCUGUUCAACUACAUCGUUUUCAAAUCGGAGAAUAGAGAGGCGAGAGAAUGGAAGGACGGGAACUUCUUCGACUAUGAGAAAGUGGAGCAAAGGUUUGGUGUGAGGGCAGCCGAAUGGGAUGAGGAAAGGGAUAGGAUCUCUUUGCAAUACGUCCGGAAGGUUCCAAAAAGACUCGGCGGAGAGCAAGAGGAAAAAGGUCUGAAAAGAGCUGGCCUGAAGGCCACAGAGACAUUGUAUAGGGACGCGCCUUUCCACUUCAAGUACUUCGUAUACCAUGCAAUUGGAAGAGUGGACUUGCUGACAGCUGAGUUGCGACGGUUGAAGAACGCUGCGCUUAAUCUGAGUUGGGAAAAAAAACAACGACAGUCGACAUUGCUACCGAUCAACAUGCACCCCAAGGAGUUGCUGUCCGCGGCCGACGAAAUUGUGACUGCGGCCACGAACUUGAAUUGCAAGGCGACUAUCCUCGAUCUCGCCAACCCGAAGGAGUGCCUUGCAUGGUCACCAGCUGAUUUCGAUGCUUUGCACAAAAUGAUAACGAAAUUGUGCGAUAAUAAUUGGAUUUUGAUUCUUUUUGCCCCGCAAAAACAACAUAAGAUCGUCAUGAAGCAGCUUUACAACUGGGACGAUGUAGACGACACGAUGGCGAUCGUCCUGCAUGUCGAGGGCAGCGACCUCAAGAAGGUCACGAGGGCCCCUAAAUUGGAGGCGGAGAUAGUGGAGCUAAACGUUGAGGAGGAACAUUUCAAGAGGUGCGCAGCGAGGCACAGCGGCGAGGAAAAAAACAAACGAGAGGUAUAUGAGCGGUGGGAACGACAUUCCAAACGGUUGCAGAAGUUGUGUAGUUCGUUUUUGCACGAGGAUCAAGGGGUGAUUCUUAUCGGGAAGCCGCAUGCUAGACUUGUGUGGGAGUUUUUGCACGCUGGCUAUCAUGUUUUCGCAUGCGACUCGUCGUCCAAAAACAUUUUGUACUUGACGAAGGCCAUCGAAAUUCUUAGGAAGGACGUGAGAAACGAUUGCACGGUUCAGAGACAGAAGACUGCGCACCGUCCGGACAGGGACAUGUACCACAAGUUGGGCAAGAAGAGAAACAAGAUAUGGGAAUAUUUAUUCCAACGCCAACCCAAGUCGCCAUUCGAGUAUGACUACAUAGUCCGCAAAGCGAUGGCACAGGAAGCGUAUGGUGGCUACCAUAAAGCGCAGGUGGGUGCGUUUGCGAUGUUCGUGGUGAGAUGUGAACAAAUUAAGUUCGUUGCAAAUCAGGCAAUGCUGACGUAUGAAGAGUACAGCAACAUUGCCAAAACAAUCGAUGCAUGGAAUCCGAUCGAGAGCGACGAGGAGACCGAAACAUCGGACCUCGAAAUCGAAGACGUGCCGAACGAGAAUCCAGAAGAAGGUCGCACAAAAUCGGGAGGUGCGAGCAGUCUGAUGCUUGACGUGACCGACAGGGCGAGUUCCAUUGAACAAAUGCAAACGGAUUCACCUACGCCCCUUAGAGAACUUGCGAAUGCAUUGAUUAAUGGCAAUCAUAACGGGUUUCAGGGGAGGCCUCGCACUCUUCAAGGAAACACGGAACACAACAUACUGGCAGACGCCGAUGAGAAUGACUUGGCGGUUCCAGAUGCCUUUCCGAGGCUGAUGCCCGGUGAUGAUAUUCCCGAUCGCAUUGUGCAGGCCUGCGAACGGCCUUACUUAAUUGAAGACAAGGUGCCAGAAACGACAUCUGAGAAGUGGGGGCAUCACAUUUUGUGGCAUACAGACGUAUUCGAGCCAUGCAUUUUCAAGGGAGAGUGGAUGAUGGCACUGCAUCUAACAUCAGGAUGGAAAGUCAAACCGAAACUGGCAGAAGUACUGUGGCUGAAAGUGACGAAGAGCGAAAUCGCCUUCUGUGUCAGGCGCGAAAACGACGGAGCAGACGAGGCAGCUAUUAAGGAGAAGGCUCAAUUGUUAUUCGAUUCUCUGCACUCCAACAAUCAGCUCGAAUAUAAACACAAGUUCUAUGACUUGCCGUCAAGCCGGUCAUACAAGACCAUCGAUUGGAAGAUCGAACUUCAUCCUGUGUGUCAAGGCAUUGAGACAAUCCAGUUGGGAUGCUCACAGCUUGGGGGGCAGUCGAUGACGCACUUGGCUUCCAAUGUUGGGGAAGCGAUGAGUCAAACCAAUGUCAAGAUAAUGGGGAUGGACAAGGGAACACGGAAUGUCGACAAAGAUCCUUCGAACGUUGCAUCGUACGGACCUCCUCUAAUAACUCAAGUGGAAAACCAGAGUGCAUCGCAGAUGGAGAGCCCCACUCCUUCCACGAACAUGACGGUUUCAGAUGGAAUGCAACAAGGUGGGUAUGUAGAACGUGCGAGUGAGGUGGAAAAAGAUUCCGAUGAGAUGAUGAAUCUGCUGGAUGAGGCGGAGAAGGACGGGAAGAGGAAGUUAGAGGGAUCAACCACGUCACAGACGGUGAUUAAUUGUAUAUCGUUAAACGAUGAAGGGGUAGACGUACAUGUAGACGAGCGUGAUGACAAUGAGGAUGAAAGAGACAAUGUCGAUGAACAUAAGGUAGUGGAUGACGGAGGUCAACCAGCGAGACGAUCGACAAGAGAAAUAAAGAAAAAACAGCCGAUUAAUGUGUAGAUAUAUGCAAAGGCUGAGUUCGGGCUGGCGUGACUCUCUGUGUAUUUGUGUGAGUGCUUGUACGCAACUCAGAUAAAUAUUUUCGGCAGGA